GGACGGGUCAGAAGGGAAAACCACUCGCUCGGGAAUGGGUUGGGUCGGCGGCUGCGGACGCAUGAGACCCAUCGAAUAAGUGUUCCGAGAACGAGAGGUCGAGAGCUCCCCCUAGAAAUAUUCUCCAAUUUUCGCGUGCCCGCGAAGCGUCUUUCUUUCUCCCGAAACGAUCUUGUCGUCUAUUGGGAGUUUUCACCAUUUCAAUGCGGUUCUCAAGGCAUGAAAUAGUGGAUUUCAUAUUCGUCUUAGGAAGUAAUCUUUGGUGAUUCUUGAGCACGAAUCCUGCCCUUGUCGGCUAAAAUCCAGUUUUGUUGGGUUAUUCAAGGAGUCGAGAAGGAACUCAUUGGUCUGAUGAAGUUUCUGGAUUGGUACGUAAAGAUCGGUGUUGUCUCAGCCUUGUGUGGAGCAUCAAUGGAGUACUUUAUGAUCAAGACUGGUUUCUAUGACAAGGUAACUGUUUUGGAAGCUGAGAAGCGAGCAUGGGAGGCAACACCAGAAGCUCAAUCUAUCAAGGAAGCACUAAACCCAUGGCAAAAACAUGACACGGAAACACGGAAGGAUUCAUAGCCAUCAUAGGUGCAGGAGUGCUCUUAAGCUGCUAGUGACUUGCAUAUUAUUCUUUUCCCUGGCAAAUAGCUAUUUAUGAACCAGGAAAGCAUCAGACAGAAAUGUUAAUCAACUCCCGUUCUUUACCUUGGGACACGGCACCUAGUUUUCAUUUCUCGAUGACCUUCUAUGACAUUUUUAGUGCUGUGCGGUCUGAAUUUUGGUAACACAAUGUAUGUGUGUGUGUGUGUGCAGGCAUAGGCGUCCUGAAGUUUAUCCUCUUCAGUCAUGAUAGUGAAAAAAAAGAAAAAAAAUCCCGGAAAAACUUCUGCGUCGUUUUGGUCUGUUAAGGAGAAACUGCAAGGCACCCUUCCAUUGGAUUCCGGUCCAACCUUCCUGUGUUUUCCCUGGAAACAAGGAUGCAAUAUCAAUUUUGGGUUUUAUGCCGCCUCGAUGGUGCUCGGAAAAAUGCCUUGCUCUCCUUCAAACUUCUGCGGAAACUUCCAACGCGCUGAGAGUUGCAGGAAGACGCCCUAUUUGAAUUGGAGAAGGAAUCUCCUGUGGAAUGGUUCUCAGAGUAAAAGUCAAGUCAUAUCACGUCCAAUAAUUUUGCCAAAAGGGUGGCGUUAAGGAAUGAAAUGAUGAUUUGCUGAGAGCUUGACGGA